CCACAUCUUCCCUCCUCCUCCUCAUCAGUUCUCCGCUCUCCUCCGCUCCUCUCCAUCCACUGCGGAACACCGGGCCUGUUUUCUUCCAGACCCAGCUCGCCAUGGACAACUCCGGCAAAGAGAAGGAGGCCAUGCAGCUGAUGGCUGAAGCCGAUAAGAAGGUCAAAGCGUCCGGAUCCUUCCUGGGAGGGAUGUUCGGGGGGAACCAUAAGGUGGAGGACGCCUGUGAAAUGUACGCCAGAGCAGCCAACAUGUUUAAGAUGGCAAAGAACUGGAGUGCUGCGGGGAAUGCAUUCUGUCAGGCCGCCCGGCUCCACAUGCAGCUUCAGAACAAACUGGACUCGGCCACAAGCUUCGUCGACGCCGGCAACUCCUACAAGAAGGCGGACCCACAGGAGGCCAUUAACUGUCUAAAUCAGGCCAUCGACAUCUACACGGACAUGGGUCGUUUCACGAUUGCGGCCAAACAUCACAUCACUAUAGCUGAGAUUUAUGAGGCUGAGCUUGUUGACAUUGAGAAGGCUAUUGCGCACUAUGAGCAGGCAGCAGAUUACUACAAGGGAGAGGAAUCUAACAGCUCAGCCAACAAAUGUCUCCUGAAGGUCGGACACUACAGUGCUCAGCUGGAACAGUAUCAGAAAGCCAUCGAAAUCUAUGAACAGGUUGCUAUGAGCACCAUGGACAAUCCUUUGCUGAAGUACAACGCUAAGGAGUAUUUCUUCAAGGCUUCACUGUGUCACUUCAUAGUGGACGAACUGAACGCUAAGUUGGCCAUUGAGAAGUAUGAGGAGAUGUUUCCAGCAUUCUCAGACUCCAGAGAGCUCAAACUGUUAAAGAAACUCCUAGACGCCCACGAGGAGCAGAACAGCGAGGCGUUCACGGAGGCCGUCAAGGAGUUCGACUCGGUGUCUCGUCUGGACCAGUGGCUGACCACGAUGCUGCUCCGCAUCAAAAAGACCAUCCAGGGAGACGCCGGGGACCUGAAAUAGACAAGAGUUAGAAAUAUAGGGGAGAGGGUGGGAGAUGGGGGGAGGAGCUAGUUAGCGCUUAAAUGGAAAAAGAGAGAAUAAUGAGUAUGGUGUAAAAAGGAGAUGGGAGAGAUGCAGAAAGAUAGGAAAGGGUAAGGGAGGGAGUUAACAGUUGUAGAUAAUAUACUGUAUCAGUUCUGCAUGUGACCCCCAACAUGCUAAGCAUCACCUUUAAACCACCUUUAGAUAAUCCCAAGUCCCUGCUCCCACAGUAUUCCUCUCGUAACACUGGACAUAAAUGUACGAAAGAAAGAAUGAAAAGAAAAAAAGGUGUGUGUGUGAGAGAGAGAGAGAGUGUGUGUGUGUGUGUGUGUGAGAGAGAUUUAAGGACAUACAUGUUAUUUAAAAAGGGAAAAUAAUGUUAUUUAUGAGAUUGUUGAUAUUAAUUGUCAAUACUGAAAAUAUUUAUUGUUUAUUCUGGUGCUCAGUGUUACAAUUUGUCUUAAAUCCUAGGUAUUAGCCCCUCUGCUCCCUCUCCUGUUUCCUCGCCCUUUACUUCUCACCUCUCCUCACCUGCACACUCCUUCUCCCCCCCUCCUCCCCGUCCUCUCCUCACUCCUCCCCCCGUCCUCUCCAUCCAGUGAUAUAUCACCCAUUGUGCUUCUUUCUUGUGUUGAGGACAGUGGUCGUUGGGUGCAGUCGUCACUGCCUUGUUUGUGCAUGUCCGUUAUGUCACGUUGAUGUUAGUGUUCUCCGUGUGUCGUGGCGUCGUGUGAGGAACAUACAUGUACAUGUAGCCUGGAAUCAUUUGCGUGCAAUCAGUAAAUAUGUACCUCAGAUACCGAGUUGAAAUAAAAAAAAAGACCAUCACUCCA